UACCGGGAAGAAAGAACAUGAACGGUGGUUUGGGGGUUAUCCAAACCUUGAAAUUAACUCCCCGCCAAUUCCAACCACCAAUCAAAUCAUCAUUAAACAACAACAACACUAGUACUAAUAAUAAUACUAAUAAUAAUAAUACUGAUAAAGAAAUCAGAGUAUGCACAAGCAAAACAUGUCGGAGACAAGGCUCACAGGAUGUUUUACAAGUCCUCACCGGCAUUUCUCCACCUAAUAUUUCCGUCAAUUCUUGUGGUUGUUUAGGCCGGUGUGGGUCCGGACCAAACCUCGUUGUUCUGCCAUCAGCAACGUUUGUUAAUCAUUGCGCCACCGCGUCUCGUGCUGCUGACGUCAUGGCUGUCGUUAGCGGGUAUGAUGACGUGGGGAUGUUUAAAAAGAGUUUGGAAGCGCUAUCUGUUAGAAAGAAAGCAGAAAUUGAGAUGGAGAGUGGUGAUUUUGUUACUGCUGAUCUUUUGUUAACUCAGGCGAUAGAUCUUAAUCCGGUUGGUGGAAUUCACUACAUCUAUAAAGACAGGUCUGUUACACGGUUGGCUAUGAAGCAGACAGUUGCUGCUCUUGCAGAUGCCGUAGAAGCUUCUACUCUUGCUCCCAAGUAUCCUGAGGCUUACAUAUGCAAGGGAGAUGCUUUAAUGGCUAUGGAACAGUAUGACGCAGCUGGAGAUUCUUAUUCAAUGGCUUUAGAGUUGGAUCCUUCAAUCCGCCGUUCCAAAUCAUUCAAGGCUCGGAUUGCAAUGCUUCAGGAGAAACUAGCUACUACAAAUUAUUGAUUAAUGAUGCAUUGGUGGACCAAUGAAGAUUAAUAUGUUUAAAUUUUAAAGAUAUAUCUACAUGCACAUACGAUGUAACAUUAGGAUAUGGAGUUAAUAGCUGAGUUCGGGGAAAUAAUACCAACAUGGAGCCUGGCUCUUCUGGUUGAUAUCCACUCUUGUUCCAAAAACUUGUAAGUCGACUUUCCAGUAAAUAGAUAAAAUAUAAUGAGCUAUUUCAUAUAUAGCAAGAGAAUUCACAGAAUUCUGGUUCCAGUUUAGAUUUAUCGGUCAAAUCUUGUUCCUCUUGCUUUCUUUCGGAAGAAGCUAUGCAUGUAAAUUAAUUGAGAGUAUCUAUCUAUGUUCGAUCA